AUGCUCCUCGUUCACAAACCCCAUUCCGCCCUCCUGCCGUCCCCGGUACCCUUCACCCACCGGAGGCACCCGUCCGCGCCUGUCGUGGUGCAGCCCACCCGCACCCCGGGGCUCCUGACGCUUUCAAAACCCGUGCGGCCAUUGCCCAGUCGCCAGCUUCCGUCUCAGCAGCGCCAAAACGCGCGGCUCACCCCAAAGGCGCCCAAGCCAGCACCGGUGGUCCGCGCGCAAUUGCUCACACCCGCUGCCGAGAUAACGGACAAACAGAAGCCGGUGGCAGCCACUCACCCUGCAACUCCGUCCCCGCAGCCUCGGGGCAGGAGCCAGGCGAAGAACCUGAAGGACAAGGUCCAAUUGCCCAGGAGUGCGUCUCAUUCCUCAAUUCGGGGCAAGCACGGGCGUCAACCUUCUCCACCGAUCACCACCGCAGAACAAUUGCUUCCAUUACCCUCGCAGGCAGAGGUUCCCACAUUUCCGCCUAUAAAGUCGAUCAACCAUUUUGACCCCUUCCUCGACAACUCUUCCGCUAAUUUUACACCUCCAUCUCCGACCGUUGGUUCCAAGACCACCCGUCGUACUCCAGUUGCCCUCUCAAAGGCGAUUCCCGUCCCGGCACCUCGCAUCCAAACAUCGAACCUCUCCCGCUCUGAUCCCCUUCCCUCCCAUCUCAAACAACGCCCCCGGCCCAUUCCCAAGCGCUCUUCGAUCAUUCCGGAUUUCCCUAUCUGUGACGAUAUGGUAGAAGUCGCCCAGCUAGACUCGCCUACCACCCCGCCAGCGACUCCUCGGCGCCUAUUCGACAAUGGACCCUCUACUGCACCCAUCUCGGCACGUUCUCCCGGUGAAUUCCCUUUUUUCAACAUGCCCGCUCCGCCACCAUCACCCAUGGCUAGUCGAAAGGGCAACAGGAAGCAUCGCCGGGCGCCGAGUGAAGGCGUCUUCAACAUGUCGUCUGAUGAGGAAAUGUCGUCUGGUCCAGGCGGUGUCGUACUGAACCCAGAUGUCCGCUCCCUGUUCCCCUUCAGGACACCUGCUCCGAUCUCCAAGGUGUCGCAGUCCCCUUUCGUGACACCUAAUCACUCCUCAGCUCGCCUCUUCCCCUCACGGGAAUCGUCACCUUCCUACGGUUCCCUGCCAACAGAGAGUACCCUGGCGAGCAACAAGUUCGCGAGUUCUAUGUUCCAGAAUUCGCCCAGUCCGGAUGAGCUGCCGGACCCCCUUUGCCUCUGA